CUCUAACCGCAGUUUACUUCUGAGCCAUGCAUCGUGUGGGCUGUCAACUGGGUGUGAUUUUAUUUUCUGUCACUCGCCAUUAAAAGGCCUUAUAAGGAGAGAAAAUACCCGGUGUGGUUGAGCAGCAAUUCUCGUGACUAGCAGCUAUAAUAAACUAGACGAAAUGGACGCAAUAAUACAAAAUCAAGUGAUGGAAGUCGCACAGCGGGUUGAGCAACAACUGGAUGCAGAAUUAGAGAGAUUGGAAAACAUGGAUGCUGACGACCUUGAAAGCCUACGUGAAAAACGACUCAAGGAAAUGAAAAAGAAUCAAAAUCAAAGGCAAACGUGGCUUUCUAUGGGUCAUGGAGAGUAUUCAGAAAUCCCAGAUGAAAAGGAAUUUUUCGAAGUGUCAAAAAAAUCCAAAGAUAUUGUCUGCUUAUUUUAUAAAGAUGGCUCACCAAGAUGUAAGAUUGCCGAUGAACAUCUUAAGAUAUUGGCAAAAAAACACGUGGAAGCCAGAUUUUGUAAACUAAAUGUUGAGCGAUGUCCAUUUCUUACAGAACGGCUGCGCAUUAAAAUCAUCCCUACUAUCGCUCUGAUCUCUGAUAGUAAGACAAAAGACUAUAUCGUAGGUUUCACGGAUUUGGGUAACUGCGACGAUUUUUCUACCGAAAUGAUGGAGUGGCGCAUAGCCCAAUCUGGUGCUAUUUCGUACAGUGGAGACCUCAUGAACCCCCCUGAAAAAGGCAAAAAAACUAAAUCUCUGCUUGCGCCCAAACCCAAGACUAUCAGAAGUCGGGAAUCUGAUGGAUCCGAUGAUGAUUGGGAUUAGCGUUGAUAAUUUAUAACUUUUUUUGUACAACUAAUUCACAGUACGCUUUUUUUCUGCACAAGUUCACGGCGUUUACGACAUUUUUGUUUGACUGCCUUCCGUUAAUUGAAUAUCACGCCCUAAGCUCGUUAGUUAUAGCAAAAAAGGACAAUUUUUUUUGUUACGUUCAAAUGUUAACGGAGAAAGGGUAUUUCUCCACUUUUUCAAUUUUCCAAACUAAUUCGAUGACAUUUAGUACUGAAAUCACAUGUCGAUCAUUCCUUACAUUGAAGUGAUACAUAAAUAUAAAAACAAGUUGUGAGUUCGUAUUCGCACUAAAUUAUUGUAGUUCUUUGACUCCUUCUCAGACAGAAAGAUGCUUAAGUUAUGGCCACAAUUCAAUGUAUAUAUUACCGAAUCUAUCAGAAAGAUUUCUGAACUUUGUAUUAUUACAUUUGAUGGUGAUCAUUAUAAUGAAGUCAUAAUUUCGUGCGUCUAAAAAGAAACAUGAGACAAAGGACCUGCUUUUUAUCAAAUUUGUAAUUAACAAUUAAGUACUCAAAUAAACUUAUUCUUUGGAAAAAAA